AUGGACUGUUUCCGUGUCGCGAGCUCUCGAGUACUCCAGGCAAACCGCAUUCCCUGCGGCGAGCUCACGUUCGUCGGCGUAGUCACUACAACGGACAUGGCGAAUUGCUCGAAAGUCGACAUGGACUGUUUCCGUGUCGCGAGCUCUCGAGUACUCCAGGCAAACCGCAUUCCCUGCGGCGAGCUCACGUUCGUCGGCGUAGUCACUACAACGGACAUGGCGAAUAAACGUCGGAAAUGCUGCCAACAGCGUAGUGGAGCAUUCAAGACAACUACUCGAAGCCUCGAUCGAGGGAGGCGCAUUGUCCACUUGUCUGGCGUCCGAAAUUCAGAUGCUUUGCCUAUGAACAAAGUGUCUCGCGCUGGAUUGACACACAUCGCUAUCCGAGCUUUCCAGAGAAGCCUCGAGGCGUCUAGAUUAUCGCUAUCGAACCUAGGGGCAACUGGUCGAGCUGGGCUAGCUCCGCCGCAUCCCACUGCUCCGCUUCGCGAGGCGGGUUCGGAUGUACAGGGACGAGCAGUGCGAGAUGACCGCAUGUCAACCGAAUCUCUGUCCCUGGCAUAUCGAAGACGCGGAUGUGUUGCCUGUAUUUGGUACGGUAGCCAACAAAUCUGCGAGGAGGAGUGUCUGCUCCCGUUCGAUAAACAUCGAGCCUGGAACGCCAUAUCGGCGUAUUGCUGCGACUGGAAUUACGCGGGGUGGGUAACGAGGCUGGCCCCAGCAGGUGCCAUGGAGCGAUCGAGUAUGCUCCGCCCAAGCGCGUCGCGACUCCCGCGCGGCAGAGCGCGGCGAGAAGAAUGCGCCGCUAGCGUGAAACGCGGUCUGGUAGUGCGAGACCUUCGGAUGCAGCGCAGCGUCAGGGCUGCGCCGCUAUUGAAUUUGGCCUUGAGUUUUACAGCCGGGAUCGAUGAGUGUACGCGUUUGAGACGACGACGAUUACCUCUACUCUACGGGGGCCGAUCUGCCAAGACUCGCAGGACGAGCAGCGCGUGUCGCGUCAUGGAGGGAUGCAGGCGAAAUCCUCAUCGAGCGGCGGACGUUGUUGCUCCAUGCCAUGACCACGGACGUGAAUCAUUAACGAAAGCAGAAUUUGUUAGCGGGCGCAGAGCGAGCGGCGUCCAAUUUGCGCGAGUACUCGCCGCGGUAAGCGUGUUCGCGAAAGCGACUACGUGCGAGGAGCGCUUUGUAGAGCCGCUGCGUCGGCGGCGUGCUUCUCAUUCGACGACCGCUCAGAUUUUCCUUAAGAGAACGCUGUUGGCUGGUAGAGUGGUUUUGGAUAUACAUGUACACACCAAGGCCACUAGCGUCCUGCUCUACGCCGUAUGCCGGGCUGACUACACAUGGUUCGAGGUUCCCACCGUGGCAGGGUGUUUUAACAAAGGCCCCAUGCUUGUUGCAGCGGCUAAGCCAGGGUAUUCACGGCAACCGCUAACAUACGUAACAGGUUGGGAGGGUCAAGUAUGGCAAGUGAGACAUCAAGCACCACAACCUGUCGCUGGACUACAGGAACUGGGCGCCAGCUUCCCGACGCAAUCUGGUUGUAGUCUGUCCGGCGGCGUCCAGGUUGACUCCCCGCCUGCGUCGACUGCUGCGUGGCCGAGUCGCCUCCGUGGGCUAUCACUUGGAGGUGCGUUGGCUGUGCGGGAGGGCGGUCUGCGGUAUACGAUGACCACCCGGGCUGAAAUUUGGAAUCCCGUGUGGGGACAGCGAGGACUCUGA